UUGUGUGUGUAUCGAAUGGGGAAGUAAAGAUGUCGUUGAAAGGUGGUGGAGGAGGAGGCGUCAAUGGUGGUGCAAAUGGAGGUGGAAGAGGGUUUUAUUUUAAUACUGUGCUGUCGCUGGCACGGUCCUUGGCUGCGCAUCGACCUGCCCCGCUGGAAAAGGUUCAGAAAUUGCUUUGUAUGAGUCCUGUUGAUUUCCAUGGGAUUUUCCAACUAGAUGAAAGAAGAAGAGAUGCUGUUAUUGCUUUGGGCAUUUUUUUGGUGGAAUCUGACCUACAGCAUAAAGAAGUUAUUGUUCCAUAUUUACUUCGCCUUUUGAAGGGGCUACAUAAAGUGCAAUGGAUAGAAGAGAGCACCGGAAGAAGAGUUAAAGAAACCCUGCCUGUUGCAGAAAAUUUUAGUUUCUGUCUGGUGACUCUGUUAUCCGAUGUUGCACAAAGAGAUGCCCAGCUAUGCACCCAGAUUUUGGAGGCAGUUUUGGAUGUCAUGCAAGUGCUACUGGAAAUGUGUCAAUCGGCAAAGAGUCAGGAGGAAAAUGAAUAUCUUUGUAGAUAUGCUGUUCCCUGUCUGCUUGGAAUUUGUAGAGCUUUUGGACGCUACAGUCACACAGAUGAAUCUCUGUUGUCAAAACUUUUUCCAAAAGUGGCUCCUCAAUCCCUUCGUGUGUUUGAUGAGCUGGAAGGCAUUCGUAGGCGGUCCUUUAAUGAUUUUAGGUCCAUUAUGCCCAGCUCCCUACUUAGCGUGUGCCAGGGAGACAGUUUGAAAAGGAAAACGAGUAGCAUCUCUGGAUCAUCACAGGCUAGUCCUGAACGAGGAGGCCUACUGCCCUGUUCCCCUGCUGGACCAAAUACUCAGUAUUUUGAAGGUUCUUAUCUUCCUGAUGGCAGUGCAGUGGAUCCUGAUUAUUAUUUCUCGGCCAUCAGUUCCAGUUUUUCUGUGUCACCAUUAUUCACUGGAAGUAGCAACAAGGAAUUUGACAUACCUCUUGAAGUCUUGCGACAACUUCUUCAUUUGGUGAGGCAGAUUGUAACAGAAUCCUUUCUGAAAAAUCUUGAUGCAAUCAUUAUGGAGGUAAUUGAGAUCAAUGUACAUGUGGAUCUUCACUAUAAAACCUUUAGUGACCCCUUACAUGUUGCCAUGUUUAAGAUGCUGAGAGACACACUCUUUUAUAUGAAAGAUUUACAGACCUCAUUUGUGAAGGAGGUUCAUGACUUUGUGCUGGAGCAGUUUAGUAGCAGUCAGUCGGAGUUACAGAAAAUUCUUCAUGAUGUAGAACGAUUGCAGAAUGAAUUAAGUCCAAUAAAGCUCCGCUGUCAAGCUAAUGCUGCUUGUGUUGAUCUUAUGGUGUGGGCUGUGAAGGAUGAACAAGGUGCUGAAAACCUUUGCAGCAAGUUGUCUGAGAGACUUCAGUCUAAAACGUCAAGUAAAGUAAUUAUUGCUCAUAUGCCUCUCCUCAUCUGUUGUUUACAGGGUUUGGGUCGACUUUGUGAAAGAUUUCCCGUGGUGGCACACUCUGUAACAACACCUUUGCGUGAUUUUCUUGUUGUUCCUUCUCCCGUACUAAUCAAGCUGUACAAGUAUCACAGUCAGUACCAGACAGGAGCGGGUGAAAUUAAAAUCAGUGUCACAAAUGAGCACUCCCAGUCCACUCUGAACGUCCUGUCUGGCAAGAAAAGCCAGCCAUCGAUGUAUGAACAGCUGCGUGACAUUGCCAUAAGCAACAUCUGCAGAUGCUUGAAAGCUGGAUUGACUAUGGAUCCUGUCAUUGUUGAGGCAUUCCUAGCAAGUCUGUCAAAUCGCUUAUACAUUUCCCAAGAAAGUGAUAAAGAUGCCCAUCUUAUUCCUGACCACACAAUACGUUGUCUAGGGCAUAUUGCAGUAGCACUGAGGGACACUCCUAAAGUUAUGGAGCCCAUACUUCAGAUUCUGCAGCAGAAGUUUUGCCAGCCUCCAUCUCAACUUGACAUUCUUAUCAUUGACCAGUUGGGCUGCAUGGUUAUCACUGGAAAUCAAUAUAUUUAUCAAGAGGUUUGGAACCUUUUUCAGCAGAUCAGUGUUAAAGCCAGCUCUGUGGUGUAUUCAGCCACAAAAGAUAAUAAAGACUAUGGAUACAGACACUGUUCUCUUGCUGUAAUCAAUGCUCUUGCAAAUAUAGCAGCAAAUUUACAAGGUGAGCAGUUGGUGGAUGAGCUACUUGUUAAUCUUCUAGAGCUUUUUGUUCAGCUUGGGUUGGAAGGAAAACGUGCCAGUGACCGAGCCAGUGAAAAAGGACCAGCCCUCAAGGCUUCAAGCAGUGCUGGCAACUUGGGUGUUCUCAUUCCGGUCAUUGCUGUGCUGACAAGAAGAUUACCACCUAUCAAAGAAGCAAAGCCUAGAUUGCAGAAGCUCUUCCGUGAUUUCUGGUUGUACUCUGUUGUCAUGGGAUUUGCUGUGGAGGGCUCUGGUCUCUGGCCAGAGGAGUGGUAUGAAGGUGUUUGUGAGAUUGCAACCAAGUCACCAUUACUGACUUUCCCCAGCGGAGAACCACUUCGAUCUGAAUUGCAGUACAACUCUGCUUUGAAAAAUGAUACAGUGACUCCGGCAGAACUAAAUGAUUUGAGAAGCACAAUUAUAAACUUACUGGAUCCCCCCCCUGAAGUGGGUGUUCUGAUAAAUAAACUGGACUUUGCUAUGUCUACCUACCUACUAUCAGUGUACCGGCUGGAGUACAUGAGAGUUUUAAGAUCCAUGGAUCCAGACCGUUUUCAAGUUAUGUUCCGCUACUUUGAAGACAAGGCGAUACAGAAAGACAAGUCAGGAAUGAUGCAGUGUGUAAUUGCAGUUGCCGAUAAGGUUUUUGAAGUCUUCUUACAAAUGAUGGCUGAAAAGCCAAAAACAAAAGAACAUGAAGAAGAACUAGAGAGGCAUGCUCAGUUCCUGCUUGUCAAUUUCAAUCACAUUCAUAAAAGGAUACGUCGUGUAGCUGAUAAGUACCUUUCAGGAUUGGCAGAAACGUUUCCCCAUUUGCUGUGGAGUGGCCGGGUACUCAGGACUAUGCUGGACAUUUUGCAGACUCUUUCACUGUCACUCAGUGCUGACAUCCACAAAGACCAACCUUUCUAUGACAUUCCAGACACUCCUUACCGAAUUACAGUCCCAGACACAUAUGAGGCCAGAGAGAGUAUUGUCAAAGAUUUUGCAGCACGAUGUGGAGAGAUUUUGAAGGAAGCAAUGAAAUGGGCUCCAUCAGUAACCAAGUCUCACCUUCAGGAAUACUUAAAUAAACAUCAGAACUGGGUGUCUGGCUUGUCCCAGCACACUGGCCUGGCAAUGGCCACAGAGAGCAUUCUUCAUUUUGCAGGUUACAACAGGCAGAGCACCACUCUUGGGACUACUCAACUGACUGAAAGACCUGCUUGUGUAAAAAAGGAUUACUCAAACUUCAUGGCUUCCCUCAAUCUUCGGAAUCGAUAUGCAGGAGAGGUUGCUGGAAUGAUCCAGUUCUGUGAAGCAACAGGAAGGACAUCAGACCUCAGCAAGCUUAUGAUUAAGCAGAUGACUGAUGCUCUUGAGGCCAGACAGCAAGAUGCCUACACACAAGCCAUGUUUAAACUCACUGCUCUACUCAUUAGCACAAAAGACUGUGAUCUUCAGCUUCUGCAUCACCUGUGUUGGGCUCCUCUCAAAAUGUUUACAGACCAUGGGAUGGAAGCAGCAAUAGCAUGCUGGGAGUGGCUACUGGCUGCCAGGAAUGGCAUAGAAGUUCCAUUUAUGCGUGAAAUGGCAGGAGCCUGGCAGAUGACAGUUGAGCUAAAAAUGGGCCUCUUCUCAGAAGCACAAAAAGAGGCUGACCCUUUGGCUGCUUCUGAGGAAAGUCAGCCUUUCCCGUGCCCACCUGAGGUUACGCCGCACUAUAUAUGGAUUGAAUUUCUGGUUCAGAGGUUUGAAAUUGCCAAGUACUGCAGUGCAGACCAGGUGGAGAUCUUUGCCAGUUUACUUCAAAGAUCCUUAUCGCUGAGUGUUGGAGGAUCCAAAGGCAGCAUGAAUCGCCACGUGGCUUCUAUUGGGGCACGUUUUCGUCUUCUGACUUUGGGCCUGACGCUUCUUCAUGCAGAUGUGGUUACUAAUGCCACUAUUCGCAAUGUACUUAGAGAAAAGAUCUACUCGACUGCAUUCGAUUACUUCAGUGUUACGCCAAAGUUUCCUACCCAGGGUGAGAAGCGCCUAAGAGAGGACAUCAGUAUAAUGAUAAAGUUUUAUGCUAGCAUGCUCUCUGAUAAGAAAUACCUUGCUGCAAACCAGCUUGUACCACCAGAUAAUCAAGAUCCUUCAGUAAAUAGCCUGUCUGUAAUGAAUGUGACUGAUUCCAGGAACAAUCUAGAUGUUGCAAUUGGGACUCGGCAGCAGACUGCUCAGGGUUGGAUAAACACGUACCCACUCUCCAGUGGCAUGUCUACAAUCUCCAAGAAAUCAGGCCUUUCUAAAAAGAGUAACCGAGGGACUCAGUUGCACAAGUACUACAUGAAGCGUAGAACACUUCUGUUGGCUUUGCUGGCCAGCGAGAUAGAGCGUCUGAACACCUGGUACAACCCGCUGUCAACCCAAGAGCUGGCUAUAUCCACUGAACAGUCUGUUGAAACUAGCAUUGCCAACUGGAGGUCCAAGUACAUUAGCCUGAGUGAGAAACAGUGGAAGGACAAUGUCAAUCUGGCUUGGAGCAUUUCCCCGCACCUUGCUCUGCAGUUACCUGCCAGGUUUAAAAAUGCAGAGGCAAUUGGAACUGAAGUAACCAGAUUAGUUCGUCUGGACCCCAGUGCAGUUAGUGACGUUCCAGAAGCAAUUAAAUACCUUGUGACAUGGCAUACCAUAGAUGCAGAUUCCCCAGAGUUAAGUCAUAUCCUUUGUUGGGCACCAACUGACCCGCCAACAGGACUCUCUUACUUCUCCAGCAUGUAUCCGCCUCACCCUCUUACUGCACAGUAUGGUGUGAAAGUCCUGAGAUCGUUCCCCACGGAUGCCAUUUUGUUCUAUAUUCCUCAGAUAGUUCAAGCCCUACGAUAUGACAAAAUGGGUUAUGUCCGAGAAUACAUCUUGUGGGCGGCUGCAAAGUCACAGCUGUUGGCACACCAGUUUAUCUGGAACAUGAAGACAAAUAUCUACUUAGACGAAGAGGCACACCAGAAAGAUCCGGACAUUGGAGACCUUCUGGAGCAACUGGUGGAAGAAAUCACAGGAUCUUUAUCAGGCCCUGCUAAGGAGUUUUACCAGAGAGAGUUUGACUUCUUUAACAAGAUCACCAAUGUGUCUGCCAUUAUAAAGCCUGCCCCUAAGGGUGAGGAACGUAAGAAAGCUUGUCUGAAGGCUCUGUCUGAGGUCAAAGUGCAACCUGGAUGCUAUCUACCCAGUAAUCCAGAGGCUAUAGUUUUGGACAUUGAUUAUAAAUCAGGAACUCCAAUGCAAAGUGCUGCUAAAGCUCCAUAUUUGGCCAAAUUCAAGGUGAAACGCUGUGGAGUCAGUGAACUAGAGAAAGAAGGUCUGCGAUGCCGAUCGGAUUCUAUUGAUGAGGCUGAUGAAACGGGUGCUGGUGCAAGCAAAGUUUGCUGGCAAGCAGCCAUCUUUAAAGUGGGUGAUGACUGCAGGCAGGAUAUGCUUGCCUUGCAAAUCAUCGGCCUCUUUAAGAACAUAUUUCAGUUGGUGGGUCUGGACUUGUUUGUCUUUCCCUACCGAGUAGUAGCCACAGCACCUGGGUGUGGUGUUAUUGAAUGUAUUCCUGACUGCAAGUCAAGGUACCAGCUGGGGAGGCAAACAGAUUUUGGAAUGUAUGAAUUUUUCCGAAACCAAUAUGGGGACGAGUCUACACUUGCCUUUCAAAAGGCUCGGUACAACUUCAUUAGAAGUAUGGCUGCAUACAGUCUGCUGUUGUUCCUGCUGCAGAUUAAAGACAGACACAAUGGCAACAUCAUGUUGGACAGUAAUGGUCACCUUAUUCAUAUUGAUUUUGGCUUCAUGUUUGAGAGCUCUCCAGGAGGUAACCUGGGGUGGGAGCCAGAUAUCAAGCUGACUGAUGAGAUGGUGAUGAUAAUGGGAGGAAAGAUGGAAGCCACACCAUUUAAAUGGUUUAUGGAGAUGUGUGUACGGGGAUACCUCGCUGUCAGGCCCUACAUGGAUGCAGUAGUGUCCCUGGUGACUCUUAUGCUGGAUACGGGUCUUCCUUGCUUCCGUGGGAAUACAAUCAAAUUGCUUAAGCAGAGGUUCAAUCCUAAUGUGAGCGAAAAGGAAGCUGCUGCUUACAUAAUCAAAGUCAUUCAGAACUGCUUCCUCAGUAACAGGAGCAAAACCUACGACAUUAUCCAGUACUACCAGAACCAGAUUCCUUACUAAAACUGUUCUUUACAAAAGAGGUUAAGAGAGAGAAUAAGCUGCAUGUAAAUUAACUGUAUCCAUUGCACCCUGAAUUACAAGCACUUUACACACACAAAAAAAUAUCUGAUAUAAUCUGCAUGCAUGCUGGCCUCUUAGAAACCCUUUUGUGACUUUUUGUUCUUGAAUAAUUGAGUUUACAAAAAAAAAAAAAAAAACUUUAAUAAACAAAACAUUCUAGUUCUUGAAUUUGUCAUAGGUGACUAAGCUGUAAUGAAAAUGUUUUAUUGACCAAUGAAAUAGUUUUUGUGUCUUGAAUCUGAAGGUAGCACCUCGUUUACCAAACCCGAAAACAAUCAUAGGCAGUAGGUGUUUUGAACUGGACCUGCUGUAGAAAUCCUCUAUAAAACAUUUAAUGUGCAAUUUUAUUUAAUGUCUGUUAAUGUUUUGUGGAUUUGUGAUUAUGAACACUUAAAUGUUGAUCUGGAAGCUCUACUGUUCACUUCUCUUAUACAUAGGAAAGUUUAUUUAAUGUAAUAAAUAAUAUAAAAUCUC